UCCCAGCAGUCUGAGACGCAAUCUAAACAAAACAACUUCGAUUUGGAACCUAUCUCCUCAGUGAUAGUGCAAUAUGAGUGCAACUUUAGUGAACAUUGCCGAAGAAGAUUUCUUCGGGACGGUUAUUCGGUACGGCCUGUACGUUGGGGCCAUUUUUCAGAUGGUUUGUCUUGCCGCAUGCAUUGUGCUGCCAGAUUCCACCAGCUUUACCGGGGAUUCUGGCAACUGGUCCCCCAAGGUGAGGGCGAACAACGAUAGUGAGGAUUCCAGUUCGGAACACUCGUCGCCACAGAACACUCCGAGAAGACCGUACCACCGAAGCCGCAAGCAGGACAAAAAGAAGCGUCGAUAGAUAAAUGGGCUCCUGGACAGGCUUAUCUGUACUUAGACGAUCGACAUUCCGAAAUUCUAUAAAGACGUUCGAUGUAGAAGUAUUUAGAAUUAACCAUCAAGCAAUCCCAUUCCUUAUUGAUCUCAAUUGAGUACUUGGGAA